AUGUCCGGCCUCGUGCAAAGCAUGCGGUCGGCCGCGUCGAUGAGCAAAACGCUGGCCUCGUCGAUGCGCGCGCUUUCCCUGUCCGCCGGUCGGCCGACGACAACCAAGGCAACAACGACCGCUACGAAGGCACGAUGUCUCUCACACGCCGCUCUCUCGGGCACAAAAACAACCAUGGGUGUGGGCGCGGUCGCUCCUGCGGUACAGAGCGGCGUGGCGGUGUUCCAGAAGCAGCAGGUGCGGGGAAUGAAGGUGCGCAGUGCGAUCAAGAAGCGGUGCGAACAUUGCAAGGUUAGUCGGCCGACGGGUGAAUACCGGGAACUGUUUAAGCUAAACGUUUGUUUGGUACAGGUCGUCCGGCGGAAGGCUGGCAAGCGACAUAACGGGUAUCUCUACAUAAUAUGUCCGGCCAACCCGAGGCACAAACAGCGCCAAGGCUAA